CUGACUUUGAUGUGCAGACGUGAAACUGUGGGCGCUCUCUUCCUCACUCUGUCACUGCGCUGCUGUCUGACCUUCACACUGAUCCUCUGCAGCUCACCUGCUCUUUGACACCCUCUGACUCUCACAGUGACUGGCAGCUGAGGGGGCGGAGCCUGCAGCCAUGUUGGUGGUGGUGUUGUUACUGAUGAUGAUGAUGAAGAGUGACGGCGCUGCAGACAUCAUCAGAAUGUCUGCCAACAGCAGCACGAGUGUCGUGCUGCCAUCAGGCCUGCAGGGGGACCCGAGGACGCGCGGGUACGAUGUCAGGUGGACUCAGAUCCCUCACCUGCUGCUGAACUGGAACCGGAGCACGUGCUCCCACGGACGCUGCUCGAUGCUCCCUGACGGCUCGCUUGAGUUCAGCCGACUUCAGACCCAAGACUCCGGAAGCUACACGCUGGAGGUGUUUGACAAGACUGGGUCGAGACUGCAGACCAAAGACUUCCUGCUGCAGGUGACAGGGUUUGCUCAGCCAGCGAAGAGUGACGGCGGCGUGAACACCGCUUUCUCCAGGAAGAUGGAGGAAACGACAGACUGGGUAGCGUUACAUCCGGCGGGCCGGGCAAGAAAUCCUCCAGCAGUUGGAGCAGACCACAGCAGCAGCCAUGUGGUGUCUUCAGUGUCCGUCUGCGUCGUCCUGCUGGUUCUGUUGCUCUUCUUCAUCGUGGUCUUCAUCCUGAGGAAGAGGAGGGUUCAGAGGAAGAUGACCACAGGUCAGAAGGAGGAGAAGGAGGAGAACAUUUAUGUGGUGAUGAAGGGUUGCCAAGGUAACAAGAACAAUGAAGAGGAGAAGGAGAAGAAACUGGAGAAAGAGGAAGAGCCCCUCUAUGUUCCCUGCAGUCCUACAGUUUCCUCCCAGCAUGAAGACAGUGUGUACGUGUGAGGACCAAUCAGAGCCCAGCGUGUCUGCUCUGUAUGGAAGCCUUUGAGAGACUUUAUUAAUUGGAGAUAAACUAUCUGAAUUUCAGGAGCAGGACCACGCCUCCAAACACGCCCCUUCCUGUUCUUACCUAUAUUUGACCCCCCAGCUCUACAACCCCCCCUUCUCAUUAGUACUUGGGGACGUCCCCUCUGAGCCUUCCCCAAACUGCGGCUCAGUUCGUGUUUAAGCCGUCUGCCUUGAUCUAAUAAAACUGCUGUCAAGCUAACACGAGGACGUGUGAAAGUGAUGACGUACACCAGUGUUUCCCAACAACACAGGUGUGCCGUGCCUUUCCCGUUGUUACUCUGCUCUGAAGAUGUUACCAUGGAAACGUGGACUAUAUCUCAAGUUAUUUGAUAAAAUGUGACUUUUCUGAAAGCAACAUGUUCAUAAAUAUAAAUAACUUUUAUUUUUCAAACAGUUUUGUUAAAAAUCACAUUCAGACUCACUGGACGAUUUAUCAGGUACACCAUGUUAAUACUCAGUGGAGUGAAUUUUGUGGAUUUUGCUUGUUUGUGGAUCAGAUUCAGCGCGCUGCUGGAAACCUUCCUCACAUCUUCUUCAGUAUCUUCUUCAUCCUGAAGUAUUUUGAUAUUUCUCUGUAAAGUCGUUUCCCUUCCUCUGUUUCUUUGUUAUUAAGGUUCUCUGGACAAAUGUUUCUGACAAUAAUUCAGAUUGACUUUUAUUAUCAUUAUGAUAUUUACAUUAUCUUGCAUUGCUGGGAUGUAGAAUCUUUAUACUUAACAGACUCCAAACCCGUCUAAUGGUAUAUUUUUACCCAGCGAUUCCCAGUACCUCCUCACCUCGUCUUGUUUCCUUUUGUACUUUAUUAAAUUUUGGAAACAUUA